CCGACUAGAGAGCAGCCAGUCGUCGCGCUAGAGUUCGGUAGUUCGGACCGCAGUCGUAGUCCUUGCAGAUUAUCUCAUCGAAUUAAAAACUUUUUAUUUAUUUUUUAAUCCAUUAUAAUGUGAAUUCUUUCUGUGUUCUGUGAGACUUAUACUUUGUGGUGACGUUUCCAAAGUCAUUGUAUACAAACUAGACAACUGACCAUGCUUCUGUAAUUUAACACUGAUAUGUUGUAAUAUAUUUUUAAAUAGAGUUCCUUUCCUGUGUUUCGAUGACUAGUGUUCAUUGAUGCACUCUGGUGGUGGUACAUCAGAUCUGUCAGUGUUGUUUGUGUAGUGUAUCGACGAUUAUGUGAUUAACCUCAACAUGUUGCUGAGCGUUGUUUCUACUGUUUGGAUUUACCUGUCUGCUGCAACGCUUAGUCUCCUUAUGCCACCAUGUCGGACGACGGCGCUGGUGACGCUGCGCCACCACCAGCACGGCGUGUUGUCCAGGAGGUCCCGGGAGGACGGCGGUGGUGGGGGCGGCAACACGACCGAGGAGGCGGCGCCCACAGAGUAUCUGGUGAGACAGCAUGAGGAGGUGAUACUGCAGUGUGAGGCGAACAGUUCGGGCUCGGGGGUGGUGCGGUGGCGCCACAACGGCCUGGAGGUGGAGCCGGGUCACCGUUACAACAGAGACCCCCAGGGACGUCUCACCAUCUCUAGUGUGCGGCUGGAGGACGAUGGCACUUGGCAGUGUGAUGACCGAGAAACAGGCUUCGCCAGACCCAUAUGGCUCGUCGUUCUUGAGCCCCCAAAAGCACCCUAUCUUCUUAUCGACGGGCGUCGCCUGGACCCAGGAAACCUGUUCAUACCGGUCAAGGAGAACACGGAGUUGACGGUGGAGUGUGUCUCCGACGGCGGCAGACCCAGCCCCAGUCUACAGUGGGUGUUGGUGCCGGGGGUGGGACAAGCAGACACCCUGCCGGGCCUCCAGCUGAACAACGACUCCGCUGAUCAAGGGCCCGGGGCCCGCAGUGAGGCCCGGAUCGCCAGGAUACUCAGAGCCCACCACAACGCCACGGUGGCAUGCCUAGUCAACCACGCCACCCUGCCCAACCCCCUCAACGCUUCUCUUCUUCUAGACGUUCAGUACACACCUUCUUUCAGCAUAAGUAGACUACCAGAUUUUGGAUUCCCGCUACGGGAAGGAAUCCCUGUGUCACUGAAAUGUGAGGUCGAUAGCAACCCUCCAGCUAGCCCUGUCUGGCAGAAAGACAACGCUCCACCACCAGUAGAACAGUCCGGUGAUGGGUUCUUAAACUUCACCUCAAUCCGAAGGGAGCACGGCGGCUGGUACAAGUGUACCAGUAGACAUCUACUCGGAGACUUCUCUUCUAUCGGCUAUCUUCUUAACGUUAGAUACGAGGUGCCUGAACCCGAGGUGACACCCGGGGAGAAUGCAGUGUCGGAGGAGGCAGCGGUGGAAGUCUCCCUUGGAGGGGUGGUCCAGUUGCAAUGCCCCAGCAAAGAAGGAGGCUGCUGGGGUAAGGUGGGGAAAGAUGGCUCUCUAGACCCUGUGGGCCCUGGGCCGGGUCUCCACGUCGACCGCAUCCUCUACCAGGAGGCUGGGGAGUACCGAUGUGUGGUCGCUCGAAGUGCGAAGCUCGAGAAGUACCGCUCGCACAACGUUCAUGUUGCCGUCACAGGUGGCCCUGUGGUGUACCCCAGCAACAAGACUGUUACGGUGGCCACGGGAGAAAGGGCCGAGCUGGCGGUGGAGUUCUGUUCCAAUCCGCCCUACAAUAAGGCCUUCUGGAUGACCGAGGGCAGAAUUUUCACGCCGGGCCAUUCCACACCUGAUGGAAUCCUUGCUCAUAAAAUUAUAGAGGGCUCCACCGCCCAUUGCUACAUCGCGGUGCUCGAGCUGUCCUGGGUGCAGCCUAUAGACCAUGGCGAGUAUAUGUUCCUGGUGAGGUCACCUCGGGGAGUGGCCGAGGCGUCAAUCCACGUGAAUGUCACCCUCGCCAGCGGCUACCUGGCUGCAGCCCGGGCCUCUCGCUUCACUGCCCUCCUCCUCUCCUUGCUCGUCCCCUACUUGAUCAACGUCUUGAUGAGGGUCUGACAGGUCCUGGUCGUCCAGUGAAGCCGUGUGUCUUAUAUAGUUACGAUAGGGGGGAGUCAACACCAUACUUGUAACAGUGAACUGGGUUCUGUUUAGAGCGUAGGUAUAUGACUGUGACGCACGGAUUCAGAUAAAAUAUAUUUCAAUGUUCACCACUAGAUUAGACCGCUUAAGAUUAAUAAUACUGAGUUUUUAAGCGGUUACGGAACAGGAAUUGAUGUACCAUUACAAUUAGGCAAAUAUUUGAAUCUUAAACAUAACUGUUUCGAUGAAGUCUAUUUUAAAGUGAAUUAAAAUAAGAUAUAAAUAUUAUAUACCAUAGAUACACUGUUUAAUGUCUGCCUAAAUUUAACUGCUAAAUAAAACAAGACUUAACAACGCUUUUAGAAGUUAAGAAGUAUACUCGUACAACCAUGAUCUUCAAUUAUCAAAAGUUUGUAAAGGUUCGAGACUUUUUUAAAGCACUGUAAAGAAAUGUUAUAGUUUUGAGUCCAAUCUUGAGACAAAAGGUUUAUAAACUACAUAUUUAUUGAAGGAGGAGAUCUUCUUAUUUGAAUACAGUAUUUUACGAUGUCAUCUUUGAUGUUGAAAGGCCUCGUGUAUAAAAAUAAAAUUAUUGCAUAAUUGUGACUUUUAUUUCAUCAAUUAUUACAUAUUUAUUGUAUAUUAUCCUGUAGUCAAAUGUUUGAAAAUUUAUUAAAAAUUCUUUAGAUGGAUUUCAAAGAGCAAUCAAUUUCUAUAAAUGACUGCAAACAUAUGAUUUUUAUUUUGUUAGAUUUAUUUUUAUAACGAUAUCUCUGCAUAAACACCUCGUUUGCUUUACGAUAGUAUAACUAAAAUUAAAGCUAUGUAUCCUUUAAAAAAUUGUACUAUAAAUAAUAGGUUUUCCUGAUUUAUAAAUUCAGUAUGAACAAGCCUGAUUACUUUUUUAUAAAACAUUAUUUUAAAAUUCUUCUUUAGUGUAAAUAAUAGUACUACAGAUUUUGAAACACAUUAGUUUAAUAUUUUACAUAGUUGAAAACAUUGCAUUACGUCUCAUGCAAAAGUUACUCUCAUGGUAAAGUACCCCACAAUCAUGUAUUUUGUGCUUAAAGGUACUAAAGUAAUUAUUUACCAUUUUAUAGAAAUUUUAUAAAAAAAGUUAAUAAAAAUUUUAAUAUGAUAGUAUUGGUAGAAAUGCAUCAAUCCGUAAGAAAUGUGUCACAGUCAUUAACUUACGCUCCGGAUUGUUCGAUGGGAGUUAUAUUAACUACACUACACUGGUGUUCCAAGGUUUAUAUGAAAUAAUUAUUACGUACACAUGUCGAUAGGGAGUUAGAUGAUGUGUAUUAUUAAUGUGAUAUAUGAGUCUAUAUAUAAGCUUAAAGAUGACUGGAGUUGAUAUAUAUUAGCGUAUUUUUAUCGGUUAUAUAGAUAUUUAGUUCUGUGUUAAUGUGGAUCGACUUAUCAAUCACAGCAAUGUUUUCAUUCAUGUUUCAUUGGGUCCAAAGUUCUAGACAUUGCACCUACAACAUGGAAUAUAGUUUUGAUUGUAACUUAAAAUUUAUAGCUCAUAUUUGGAAAUUGAUGCUGAUACACCGUUUUUACUGUGUUUUAUAAGUAUAAUGAAGAUUUUCGUGUAUGUAAAUAUGGCUAAGUCCCACAAAAUUUGAAAGAUUUGACAUUUUCUGCUAACACGUUUACUAAAGCAAUGCUUGGUAUUAAAAUUUAUAUUAAUUAAAUAAAAUAAAAUAUAUAUUUUCAUUUAUUACAUAUUUUACAUUAUUGUAAUUUCAAAGAUUCAUUUCUUUAUAAAACACGAAAACUACUCAAAAUAAAAUAAUCAUAUCAUUAAUAACAACUAAUUCAUAGUUCUAUAUUCAUACACCCUAAUUACUUAAAUUUGUAAAUGUUAGCCAUCUAAAAAUAUAACGGAAAAUGACCGGCAAUCCAUGUUUAUUUGCAUAAAACUCAUUUUAAAUUAUACUCGUAGUAAUGUUUUAAAUUUUGAAUCACUUUCACAAGAAAUUCAUUAAACUGUAAUUAUUUUAUUGUAAGCUUAGAGAGGUCUAGAGCCGACAACAGUUCGUUGAAUUGGAACCAAUUAUUAUUUCUAGACCACAGAUAUGCAUGCUGAUUAAUUCUAAAUGUUUGUUCAGCGUUUUAAAAUGUUGUUAUAAUUUGGAGUUAAUGAGUAUUGUUUGGAAAAGUAUCCGUGACCUGAUAAUUUUUAUUUUUUACAUGGAUUUCAUAGCCAAGUUACCCCCAUGGCCACUUAAGAGACUCAUUGAGGCUUUAGUAGAAAUAUAGUACUUAAAUUACUUCUUAAAAAUAACUUCAUUAUAUUUAAUCUAUAUUUACUAAAACUAAAUUUAUUUUGAAUUUGUGAUAUACACUAAUCAUAGGUAAGGGAAUUGCAUUCUUGAUUUCGUACCUAUAUAACGUAAAACUGACUAAAGAAAUUCAAAUAACUUUCAAAAAUGUACUUUCAAAUAACUGGGUUUAUAUACAGAUAGAGGCCCUUUUCUAGAACGUAUUUUUCCGUUGAGGACUCACUUUAAUUUAAAUGUAGGACUAUCACGUGUUUCAGCAAACUUUAGUUAAUCCAGUUAAAUAUAAUCGUAAUUAAAAUAUAUUAGUCUACAAAUCCAUGUGCAAUUAAAAAUAUCUUACUUGGUUCACUUUUUAAGUACGUUUCAUAUUAAUUUCUUUUAAUUUUAGAACUGAAUGGGGUACUCAUAUAAGAUAAUAUUGAAAUGCUUUAUUAAAUCAAAAUUUGAUAUAGUUCAUUUUAUAAUUUCAUUCAAUUUACAUAGUUUGUAUUAUUUUAUAAACUAAAACACGAAAAGAAUUUUGUUUUAAUUGAAUUAUACCAACAUGGAGAUAUCCUGUUUAUUGGUACUGUACGUAUAUGAAUCAACUUGAAAAUUUACCUGAAUAAAUUUAUAAGUAACUUAAAAUAAUACAUAAAAGAGAAAAUAAAUAAAAUUUAAAUAAUGUCUUCUUAUUGAUUAGUCCGUUGUUACUAAUCCUUUAUGAAUUCAUAGCAGAAACGGUCACACCUUUUAUUUUAUGGGAUUUUUGUAGUUUUAAAUCAUUGUGAUGAAUGUUUCACGUUACUCAUCAACAGAUAGGCGUUAAUAUUUACAUAGUCAACCGUCUCCAUUUCAAAGCUAAAUUUAUUUUUGUCUUAAUACGACUCCAAUUAAAGUUUAAUACGUUUUUUACUACGAUAAAUAAUACAUUGUAAAUGGUGAAAGGUACAUUUGGUGACGUAAUCCACUAGUCUGUUGUAGCUAGUGUAUUUUACUGUAAGUGGGCUACAGACUUCCAUGUUAUGCUUAGAUAGAAUAAGUUAGAUUAAGAUUGUAAAGACAGAUAAGCCGCAACAUAAGUCAACGUUUAUAUGCAAAUUUAACCAUACGUUUUCGUUAUUUUGAUUUAAAUUAGUGUAAUUUAUCUUGGUGCUUCUCCCCACAAACAUGACUUUUUACGUAUCGGAAUGUAUAUAGUCGAUUUAAGUUUGUAUACAUUAAUAAAACGUUAUUGAAGUUUGAGCAUAAGCAUUGAGAAAUAGCUAUGUAAAGUGUUUAAUACAAAACUUAAUACUAAUUAUUAAGAGUAAAAUGAAAAUACAGCGAUUAUUAGAGAAUUCUAUUUGUUGUAAACAUGUCAUUGUCAGAUGUAGUGCUCAAAGAUUUUCUAGAGCCUGCUCAAUCCUCAACCUCUUACAGUCCUUAACAAAAGUAACAAAAAUGCUCUAUGCAAAUUAUUUCUGUCACGAUUCCAGGAGUAAAUGUUGGGCAAAAGAAAAACAUUUGGAAGAAAGGAAUUAUUACUUUUGCGUAGACUUCACAAUAAAACUUUACUGAAGCAAAUUUUAUUUGGUAUGACUAAAUUUUAAAAUAGAAUAAAUUUAGUUCUGAAAUUUAUUUCAUUUCAUUUUGUUUUGACCGAAUUUUGUUUCUGAAAGAGUCAUAAUGUCGUAUGGAGUUCAAUCUACCAUAUUUCUUUCCAUGUUACUCUAUGGAGGAGGGUUUUUUCGGGAUGGUUGGUGGAGGAAUGAGCAAGUAAUAGAAGUAAGAUUUGUAUACCUUACAGGAAUAUGUUCUUUAAUACAAUAAAAGGUAUCAUUUAAAUGAUAAUAUUUGAAAUAUAAGAGCAAAAAUGCAUUAUAUUCAGUAAUAUAUAUAAUAUAAUAAUAUAUUCCAUUUCAACUGCAUGGAAUUUAAAUACAAACAUUUUAUUUUAUAAAAGACAUUGAAAAAAAUUAUUCACGGCGCAUGCACUGAAGAAACACAUGGUGGUACUAAACAAAAACUUAAUCUUAAAUUAAAAUUAUAAUUAUUGUGGGAUAACAAGAUCUUAGUUAUGAACUGAAAUGUUCAACGCAACCGUCAUCACACGCAUUGGUUAUAGCUAUAUCACAUAUGCCCUUACGUUAUAAUGUCCAACAUAUUGGAUACAAAUUACACUUUAUAACGUAAAUUAGGUUCCAAAAACUAAAAGCGUGCAAGUAUAUUUUCAAGAAUGUGAUUGUUUUACAUUAGCUUAAAGUUUAGGGAAUUAAAUAUUUAUUUUUAUUCCAAAUGGAAACAGCCUACUGUAGACGUUGUAAACCGGCAAGAUAUAUACAUGCUGAUUAAGAGUAGGCUGUAGUGAAAGUAUAUUUAUCUUUGGCUGUAGAAUAAUGGAGGAUGUCGCAUUUUAAAAAAAUGGCAUUAAUACACACAAACUAUUUUACUUUUCCUUUAAACCCGACAUUUUUUUCGAUGAAGUCCGAAAAGUUUAGAAAUUGUUUUCAUAAAUAUACAAUAUACAAAUUACCAAAAACUACUUGAUGAGUAUAACUCAUUUCUUUAGAAUGAGAUUUCUCUCAUAAGUCUAGAACUAAUAGUAAUGGGGUACAAAUGUUUUUAGUUUGUCGUUGACCUUAAUGGGACGAAAAUCAAGAUGGCACCGAAUACAUUUGGCUCUGAACACAGAGUUCUAUUACUAAGAUAAAUAGUAACUUUGUUUACUAUCCUUAUUAUUUAAUUUAAGAAUAACCAGACCUUUAUCUAUAUAGCUCUAAACAGUGUGUAAAGUGUUUUUGUUUAGUACAACAAUGCCAAUUUUAGUCAUGUUCAAUACUCCUGAAUUCUUUUCCAAAUCGACCAUAUUAAUCGGUCAAACGCAAGCGUCAAUUCAAUGUAGUAUAAUAUUUAAACUAACUACAUCAAAUUCAUAAUAGAUUAUCAUAAAACCACAGUUACUAGAAAUAAAUUCGAUUAUCAACAUAAUGAAGUGGAUAAAAAUCAGAUUGAAUGUACUGUAAAUAAACUGCAUAUGGUGAACAAUUCCAUAUGUUUUCCUCUAUUUAUCUCUUCAAUGUUUAUUUAAAAACAGCUCUCUCUGUUUCUCUCUCUGUCCUAUUUUGGAAUCUAUGAACCGGUCACUGUUUGAAACUUGACAAGUGGAUGUAUUUAGGAUAUUACGUCGAGCAUUCGGAAUUGUUUGGUUAAAUAAGUUUAGGAAAGUUACCAAAUAUUUUUUUAAUUAAAUCGUUGAAUAUAUUUUUAAAGUGUUAACGAUCAUGUGAUUGUAUAUUUUGUACGGUGUUAGACCUCUAAGUGUGUGUGUGUGAACUUUGUACAUGGCCUCAUGGCUGAACACCAACCUGCUGAAAUUGUUGCAUUCGUUUUAAAAUGUCAAUUGAAUAUUUUAUAGCAUUGUAGCUCAUAUUUUUAACAGUUUGUGUUGAUAUUAAGAUAAAGUUGCGCUAACUACACACUAGGGAUCGAUUGUUAAUGCCAGUAAAUUUAUAUUUGAAACAGUUGUAUAACUUAAUUGUGUACAGGUUCACUCGGCGAUGGUGAAUUGGGAACGUAUCGAUACUAACUACUCGAUAAUCGAUAUUAACUACUCGUUUACUGGCACUAAUGAAACGAUAACCUGACUGGUGGGUCGUUGUAUGAAUGUUACUCAUGUAAUACGUCCAACCAAUAAAGAUGUUGUUAAUACUGA